UUGCUGCAUAUUAUUUUUUCUCAAACCAAGGAAACAAACAUUUUGGCGCUAUGGCAGCACCACCAUCUCUAUAUUUGUUUGCCAUUUUGGUCCUCUUUGCUUCGGCGGCGGCCUUGUCCUUGGCUCACCCACAAACUCAUCGCCAUCAAUUUAUUAUUCAAGCUACGCCAGUGAAGAGGUUGUGCAAAACCCAUAAUGCUAUUACGGUGAAUGGGCAAUUCCCUGGACCGACCUUGGAGAUCAACAAUGGUGAUACUCUCAUUGUCAAUGUCAUCAAUAAAGCCAAGUACAAUGUCACAAUUCAUUGGCAUGGAAUUAGACAGCUUAGAACUGGGUGGGCUGAUGGACCCGAGUUCGUGACUCAAUGUCCAAUCCGACCAGGAGGAAGCUAUACUUACAGGUUUACCGUACAAGGACAAGAAGGGACCUUGUGGUGGCAUGCGCAUAGCUCGUGGCUUAGGGCUACUGUUUAUGGAGCGUUGAUUAUUCAUCCUAAAGAGGGAGAUUCUUACCCUUUCCCAAAACCAAACAGGGAAGCAACACUUCUAAUGGGCGAAUGGUGGGAUGCAAACCCUAUUGAUGUACUGAGACAAGCCACAAGAACAGGAGCAGCUCCUAAUGUCUCUGAUGCUUACACUUUCAAUGGUCAACCAGGUGAUCUAUACAAGUGCUCUAGCAAAGAUACAAUAAUCGUGCCCAUAGAUUCCGGCGAGACCAAUUUACUGAGAGUAGUAAACUCCGCCUUAAACCAAGCUCUGUUUUUCACGGUGGCUAAUCACAAACUCACAGUGGUCGGAGCCGACGCCUCCUACACAAAGCCCUUCACCACCUCUGUUUUAAUGCUCGGCCCUGGCCAAACCACCGACGUUUUAAUCUCUGGCAACCAAGUUCCCGCCCGGUACUACAUAGCCGCACGUGCUUACCAAAGCGCCCAAAAUGCACCUUUUGGCAACACCACCACCACUGCCAUUCUCAACUACAAAUCUGCCCCUUGCCCCGCCAAAAAAGGCUCCCCCACCAUCAAACCAAUCAUGCCGUUUCUCCCUGCAUUCAAUGACACCGCCACCGUCACCGCAUUCAGCCGAAAAUUCCGCAGCCCAAGACCGGUCCCUGUCCCGACCAAAAUCGACGAAAAUUUGUUCUUCACUGUUGGAUUAGGACUCAACAAUUGCCCACGAAAUUUCAAACCCAGCCAAUGCCAAGGCCCCAACGGCACUCGAUUCACAGCCAGUAUGAACAACGUCUCCUUUGUUCUUCCUUCAAAUAUCUCGAUUCUUCAAGCAUUUCAACAAGGGAUUCCCGGUGUUGUUACCUCUGAUUUUCCGGCUAACCCACCUGUGAAAUUUGAUUAUACCGGCAAUGUUAGUCGGUCGCUUUUUCAACCAGUGCCUGGUACUAAAGGGUACAGAUUGAAAUAUGGAUCGACCGUACAAGUUGUGUUGCAGGACACUAGUAUUGUAACGCCAGAAAAUCACCCGAUACAUCUCCAUGGUUACGAUUUUUACAUCAUCGCAGAAGGAUUUGGAAAUUUUGACCCUAAAAAGGAUACUAAAAAAUUCAACCUCGUUGACCCUCCUCUUAGAAACACUGUCGCCGUCCCUGUAAAUGGUUGGGCCGUCAUACGAUUCGUCGCCGAUAACCCAGGUGCUUGGAUAAUGCAUUGUCACCUAGACGUGCAUAUCACGUGGGGGCUAGCGAUGGUGUUUCUUGUAGACAACGGUGUUGGGCAUCUCCAGUCAAUAGAGGCUCCGCCGCCGGAUCUUCCCAUAUGCUAAUUACAUCUUAAGGCCCAAAAAAUAAUAACAAUACCAAUUUGAAUGUUUUUUUUUCUUCUUUUUUGUAGCUUUUAAUUCAAAUUAGUUUGUGAGUUUUUUUUUUUCUUUUUCUUUUUUUAUUUUUAUUGUUUCCCCUGCAUUAGGGGUAUAGAAUAUGCUCUGUUUCAUUGUUCUUUCUGAUUAUAUAAAGUGGUUAUAUUUCGAUUACCAAAUAGUUAUUCCAUAUAAGAAACACUUCUUUGCAAAUCUGAAUUAAAUUCAAAUUGGUUUUGA